UUGGAGGAAGGAGAUCAAAAGCAUAGCAAAGCAUCUUGAUUCGUGACGCUACACCACUGGCACAUAUUAGCUGAUAUCCUUGAUCUCGAGCAUUGGCCAUCUCCCUUUUUAAUCACAUCGAUCCUCGUCUUCUCCAUUGCCAACGAUCCAGAAGCUUAAUCAAAACUAGAAGAGAAAUAUAACUAGCAUGACGCUUGACGUGACUAGUUUCAUAGACAACAAAGGAGGAAAUGCCGAGGAAAUUCGUGAAUCGCAGCGGAAGCGGGGAGAGUCGGUAGAGCUGGUCGAUCAGGUCAUAGACAUGUACGCGGAGUGGGUGAAGAGUGAACCAAAGCAACCAGCGGAUGACCUUGUUGCUGACAAGAAAGAGCUAGAUGCGAAGGUUGACGCGAAACGGAAAGAGACUCGCGAGUUCGAGGUCGAGAUGCGGAAGAAAGCUUCGACAGUAGGAAACCUCGUGGCGAAGGAUGUCCCAGUCAGCUUGACUGAGGAUGACAAUGUAACGCUCCGAACCUGGCAUCCAGAUGGUCCUAAUGGUCAAGUAGAAAAGAAGACGAAUAUCAUGCCUCACCAUGAAGUUUUGCUCAGACUAGACGCAAUGGAUCUUGAUCGGGGUGCCAAGGUCGCAGGUCACCGCGGUUACUUCCUAACAAAUGAUGGUGUCGAUCUCAACCAAGCCCUCAUCACAUAUGCCCUUGACUUCCUCCGCAAAAAUGGAUACAAGAAAGUCCAACCGCCAUUCCUCGUCAAUAAAGACGUCAUGGCAAAGACCGCGCAGCUUGACCAGUUCGACGAGGAACUGUACAAGGUUAUCGCCAACGACGAUGAGAAAUAUCUCAUCGCGACCUCGGAACAGCCCAUAUCGGCAUUCCAUCAAGACGAAUGGUUCGAAGACCCCAAGACUCAGCUUCCCAUAUACUACGCUGGAUAUUCGACAUGUUUCCGUAAAGAAGCCGGCUCGGCUGGACGUGACAUGUGGGGCAUCUUCCGUGUGCACCAGUUUGAGAAGGUUGAGCAGUUCGUGAUCACUGCUCCGGAAGAGAGUUGGAAUGCAUUCGAUACCAUGCUGGGGAACAGCGAACGGUUCUAUCAGAGCUUGGGUCUCUCUUACCGUGUGGUGGCGAUUGUCAGUGGCGCACUGAACCUUGCAGCGUCGAGGAAAUGCGAUCUGGAGGCGUGGUUCCCAUUCCAAGGUGCAUACAAAGAACUCGUUUCCUGCUCGAAUUGCACGGAUUAUCAGAGCAGGCGGCUAGAAGUCCGUUGCGGUCUCAAAACGAAGGACCAGCAACGGAAGGUCUACGUCCACAUGCUGAACGGAACAAUGUGCGCUACAGAACGCGCAUUAUGCUGUUUGGUCGAAAAUUAUCAGACACCAGAUGGUCUCGUUAUACCUGAGGUACUCAGGCCAUAUAUGCAGGGACGGGACUUCCUACCAUGGGUGAAGGAGCUGCCAAAGAACUUGCAGAGAAAGCAAAUAUAGAUGUCCUGUAUAUUCUGUUUUGUGCUGGUAGAAUAUGUGAUUUACAGCCAUGCAUGUACGUUAUCGUGUAGUCUUCGACGCGCGCAUGAAAUUCAGGCCAACAAGGUUAAACACCUUGAAAAGAAGGAGCGACUGUCUCCAGGCCUUUUAUCAAGGUC